AUGGAGUCCUCAGCGACCCUCAAAACCCACGUCAAAGAGAUUCUUGUCUCCCCAGAGCUCUCAUCACUAGAGUCUAUCCUCUCCUGCCUGAUCCAACCAGAAGAAGACCCAUAUAAACUCGAAGCAAAGGCCAUCUUCGCUCACUGUAGCCGGCACUACCCCAACACUCUCUCACUCAAGCUUACUCACAUCCUUGAAUCCUCUACUCAGUCCCAUCUCACCGCCGUCUACGCCACUUUCCUCGACGGCCUUCUAACUCGGCAUUCAAGCAAGCUCUCCCCCAUGAUCCUAACAGAGCUCAAGCCCUUGCUUUUUGCUUGCUUUCAACGACAAACCUUAGAGACCAUCCUCAAGCCUUUGUCUCUAUCAAUAGGCAUUGUUGCUUUCAGGGACUCUAAGACAAAACAUGGAGAGUGGCAGGAGCUUCUUGAUUAUAUAGUUUCGUCUGCUGACUCAGAAGACAAAAAAUAUCAAGAAUCGGGUCUUAUGUUGUUCUCUUAUUUGCCAAUGAAAAUGGGUCGAUUUUUGAAGCCAAAAUUUGAUUCUCUUUACUCGGCAAUCAUGAAGCGUUUAAGUUCCCCUACUAUGAAUAUUCGGUCAUUCGCCUUUCGUUUGUCGCUUAUACUGGCGACGCAUUUGGAGGGUUUUGAUGACCAUGAUAGCACAAAAUAUCUUCUGCCUGCAAUGUUGAAGUUCCUCAUUGAGUUGCUGAAUGAUAAGAAAGACGAGUUUGUUGAACAAGCUCUAAAGAAUUUGGAUUCCUUGGUCACAACAAACGCCUCCUUCUUUACAAAGCACUUGGAACAUGUGUGUGAAACAAUGAUUCAAAUAGCCGAGGCUGAUUAUGUAGGAGAGGAGAUGAGGUAUGCAGCCCUGGGCAUUAUUAGGGGGCUCGAGGAUUCCUUGACCGAAGAAAUGUUCUCUAUGUUGCAGAACCUGAACGACGAGAUUCUACACAGGCUAAUCUCAGCUUCAAUGGGCAUGCUUGUAAGUUUUGAAGAUGAUCCUGCAUUGUAUAAUAUGGAUGCUAAAAAGGGUAUAAAUGAGGAGCAGAUGAAGAGUUUCGACCUUGGAAUUUUCCUAUUGGACCAGAUUUCAGCUGCAGUGGAUGGGGCUUUAUGCCUGCCCAUUACUUUGGAGUUGACACAACAGUAUCUAGCUGCUCCAGAAUGGCAGAAGCAUCAUGCGGGAAUGAUUACCCUUUCUAUGAUUGCAGAGGGAUGCUCAGAGGAAAUGAUAAGUUCUCUUGAGCAAGUUGUGACAAUGAUUUCCAAUUCAUUACAAGAUCUCCACCCUCGAGUUCGCUUGGCUGCUGUAAAUGCAGUUAGGUCACUAAGUUUAGAAUUGGCGCCAACAUUACAAGCCCAAUAUCAUCAUAAGAUGUUGCCCGCACUAAAUGCAGUGAUUGAAGAUUCCCACUUUCCCUUCUUACAGGUAAAUGCUUCUCUGACAAUUCGCUUCUUCAUCAUGGGUUGUCGUCCAAAUGAUUUAACACCUUACUUGGAGGAAAUAGUGAGCAAACUGCUUGUACUCCUGCAGAAUGAGAAGCAGCAACUGCAGGAGGAGGCUAUGGCUACUCUGGCAUCAGUUGCAACUUUCUUGCAGGACCAGUUCCAUCUAUGCUAUGAUGUCACUAUGGCUUCCUUGAAAGCUAUCCUUUUCAACGAAACUGAUGCAUCUAAGCUCCUGCUCCGUGCCAGAUCAGCUGAGUGCAUUAGUUCCAUUGCAAUUGCUGUUGGAGAGGAGAAAUUUAUGAAUGAUGCUAAGAAGGUUAUAGAAGCUCUAAUGUCACUACAACAAUCCUUGUCGGACACGGAUUACUCAAUAAGAAUACAUCUGUUAAAGGCAUGGAUGGAACUCUGCAUAUGCCUAGGGGAGAAUAUUGUCACCUACAUUACAGAUUUGAUGCCUAUUUUUAUUCGAUCUGCAGAUUUGAGCAUUGACAAAAACACUGAUGAACAAAGUGAUAUCUUAAAGGAGAAAGCUCUGGCUUGUAACCUGCUAUCCUGCUGCGCUCGUCUGUUGAAGGAAAAGUUUUUUACUUGGGUCAAUCAGGUUGCUAAAAUUUUGGUUCCACUGCUAGAAUUUGAUCCCCAUUUUGAAAUCAAAAAGGCUUCUGUUUCAGCCAUGCCAGAGUUAUUGCGUUCAGCUAUGUUGGCCAUUCAAAAGGGAGAAUCUGGAGAGCAUAGUAUGUCUUGUGUUCACGAAUUAGUCAUCCUAAUUAUACCUGCUUUGGUGGAAGCUUUGAAGAAGGAACCGCAGAAAGAAAUAUGUGCAAGAAUGUUAGACUCCCUAAACCAAUGUGUUGAGGUGUCAGGAUUAUUUUUCACUAGAAAACUGAUCAGGCAGGUCGCAUAUGGGAUGGAGGAUGUGCUAGCUGUGCAUUCACUUGGAAGACAAGCAGAAGAUGAUUUUGAUAUGGAAGAGGAAAAUAACAGAAAAAAGCAAUUGGAAGAUAUCCUUCAUCAAGCUGGGAAUUGCUUGAUCACGAUGAUCAAAGUACUUAAGGCUAAAUUCUUGCCUUAUUUUGAAAAAAUCUCAGCAGUUAUAACAGCCAUGUUGGCCGACGAUCGCGCAGCUAUAGAGAAAACGAUUGCCUUUUCCAUUGUUAAUUGUGUAAUUCAGCAAUGCCAAGAAGCUGCACUUAAGUGUAUUGACACAUAUCUUCCACUCCUCUUGAAAGCUUGCAAUGACGAGAACUCAGAUGUUAAACAGGAAGCUGCAAAUGGAAUUGGUGUUUGUGCUGAGUUUGCCCAAUCCAACUUUAAGACUAGUGCUGAAGCUGCUGUAGUCAGUUUGAAUUCUGUGAUAAGACAUCCAGAUGCAUCAAGUUCAGAGAAUAGAAAGGCAUAUGAUAUUGCUGUUUCAGCUCUUGGGAAAAUAUGCGAGUUCCAUCGUGAGAGUAUUAAUGCAUCUCAGGUUGUUCCCACCUGGUUAAGCUACUUGCCAAUGAAGGGUGAUUCAACUGAGGCCAAAGUGGUGCAUGAGCAACUUUGUUCAAUGGUGGAAAGAUCAGAUAAGGAACUUUUAGGCCCUGACAAUCUGCACCUUCCAAAGAUUAUUGAAGUCUUUACCAAGGUUGUAGCCGAGAGAGACAAUCUUGCGACAGGGGAAACUGCUGACAGGAUGGUUGCUCUGUUGAGGCAAUUUGAGAAGACAUAGUGACCAAGAGUUUUGGUGAAUAUUUUAGCUAUUGCUUAAG